AUGAGUAGUUGGAGAAGCCUUCUUCUACGGAUCGGUGACAAAAGCCCCGAAUAUGGACCCUCCUCCGACUUCAAAGACCACAUUGAAACGUGUUUUGGUGCCCUUCGCCGAGAGCUCGAACACUCCGAAACUGAAAUUUUGGAGUUCCUUCUUACAUGUUCUGAGCAAUUGCCUCACAAGAUUCCGUUCUAUGGAACCCUGAUCGGCUUGAUUAACUUGGAAAGUGAGGAUUUUGUGAAAAGACUGGUGGAGAAAACUCAUUCUAAAUUUCAGGAAGCCUUAGAGACUGAAAACUGCAAUGGAAUUCGUAUUUUAACGAGGCUGAUGACUGCUAUGAUGUGCAGUAAAGCUCUUCAACCAGACUCUCUAGUUGGUGUCUUUGAAACAUUUUUAUCAUCAGCUGCCACAACAGUAGACGAGGAAAAAGGGAAUCCGUUAUGGCAGCCAUGUGCUGACUUUUACAUUACUUGCAUUUUAUCAUGCCUCCCGUGGGGUGGGGCUGAACUUGUUGAGCAAGUACCCGAAGAUAUCGAGAGAGUAAUGCUUGCUAUAGAAGCUUACUUGAGCAUCCGAAAGCAUACUUCUGACACUGGGCUAUCCUUUUUUGAGAAUGAUGAUGAAAUUGAGAGAGAUCUUAAUAACAAGGAUUUUUUGGAGGACUUGUGGGAUAGAAUACAAGUUUUAUCAAGCAAUGGAUGGAAAGUUGAAAGUGUUCCGAGACCCCAUCUUUCCUUUGAAGCUCAGUUGGUUGCUGGGAAGUCCCAUCAAUUUGGGACAAUAAGCUGCCCCAACUUACCGAGUCCGCCUUCAGUUCCUUCUGGUGUAUCUUUUGGUAAAGAGAAGCAUGAGGCAGAAUUAAAGUAUCCUCAAAGAAUACGGCGGCUAAAUAUAUUUCCUUCCAGUAAAAUGGAGGAUCUGCAGCCUAUAGAUCGAUUUGUGGUGGAAGAAUAUCUCUUAGACGUGCUUCUGUAUUUCAAUGGCAGCCGAAAGGAGUGUGCUGCUUUCAUGGUUGGCCUGCCAGUUACCUUCAGAUAUGAGUACCUCAUGGCUGAGACAAUAUUCUCUCAGCUGCUGAUGCUUCCACAACCACCUUUCAAACCAGUGUAUUACACACUGGUUAUUAUUGACCUAUGUAAGGCUCUUCCUGGAGCUUUUCCUGCAGUUGUUGCUGGAGCAGUUCGUGCUCUCUUUGAAAAGAUUGCUGAUUUGGAUAUGGAGUGCCGAACACGACUAAUCCUUUGGUUCUCACAUCAUUUGUCAAACUUUCAGUUCAUCUGGCCUUGGGAAGAGUGGGCUUAUGUGUUAGAUCUCCCUAGGUGGGCCCCUCAACGUGUUUUUGUUCAAGAGGUUUUGGAGAGGGAAGUUCGCUUGUCAUACUGGGACAAAGUCAAACAGAGCAUUGAAAAUGCACCUGGCUUAGAGGAAUUGCUUCCUCCGAAGGGUGGACCAAAUUUCAAUCUCGGUGUAGAAGAUGGUAAAGAAAACAAUGAACACCUGCUGUCUGGAAAUCUCAACGACAUGGUUAAAGGGAAGGCACCUGUCCGUGAAAUUAUCGCAUGGAUUGAUGAAAGUGUGUCUUUAAAUAAUAGUCUAGAAGUUACACUCAAAGUUGUCAUACAAACUCUUCUCAAUAUUGGAUCCAAGAGUUUCACUCAUUUGAUAACCGUAUUAGAAAGAUAUGGGCAAGUCAUUGCAAAAAUAUGUCCUGAUGAAGAUAAGCAAAUUAUGCUGAUAGCUGAAAUCAGUUCUUUCUGGAAGAGUAACACCCAAAUGACUGCAAUAGCAAUUGACCGAAUGAUGGGCUACCGGCUUAUAUCAAAUCUGGCUAUUGUGAGAUGGGUCUUCUCAGAAGAAAAUAUUGAGCAAUUUCAUUUGUCAGAUCGUCCAUGGGAGGUUCUUAGAAAUGCAGUAAGCAAAACUUACAACCGUAUUUCUGAUCUAAGGAAAGAAAUAUCAUCUCUUAAAAGGAAUAUUUCAUCAGCUGAAGCAGCUGCCAAUGAGGCGAAAACAGAGCUAGAUAUCGCAGAGUCAAAACUAGCACUUGUGGAAGGUGAGCCAGUUAUCGGUGACAAUCCUGUAAGAAUGAAUAGAUUGAAAUCACGUGCUGAAAAAGCAAAGGAAGAGCUGGUGUCUAUACAAGAUUCUAUAGAAGCUAAAGAAGCUCUUCUUGCCCGAGCAACUGAUGAAAAUGAGGCAUUGUUUCUCUUGUUGUUUAAAAGCUUCUCAAAUGUAUUGGCUGAUCGCCUUCCCAAAGGAUCUGGAGCUAGAACACUUCGCGAAUGGAAGUCUGCCCAAGUUGAAGAGAUGGUAGUUGACCUCGAAGAACCGUCAACGAUGGAAGUAGACAAUGAGAAUCAGAUACCUCAAAACAGUCAGUCAAAUGGUGGGAAGAAAAGUGUUGCUUAUAAUGUAGGUGAAAAGGAGCAGUGGUGUAUCACUACUUUGAGUUAUGUGAAGGCCUUUUCUAGGCAGUACGCAUCUGAGAUAUGGGCCCAUAUUGAAAAGUUGGACGCCGAGGUAUUGACAGAAGAUGCAUCUCCUCUUUUUCGGUCAGCUGUUUGUUUUGGUCUUCGGAGACCAAUUAACGAGGCUUGA